AUCGCCUUAAUAGUACCCAUUUAAAAAGUGGUGAUUUAUCGACAGUAUUGGGCCUUUAUGAAUAGCAUGUAUCAAAUCUGAUACUUUCGCUGCAAUUUUUUUGUUCAAAGAAUGUAAUUAACUGCUUCAAGAAUUGGAAUGUACGAUCAAAAUGGAGGCACUGCCUAAUAGAUCGAUAUUGUUCCAUAAUGUCACUUAUUAUUAUUGAUUUUUCUACUUGUCGCACACUUAAUAGAGCAUGGAAUGGAUGGAUCAUGUCCACUUCUCCUUCCAUCCUUUGGGGAAAAGAAUAACUCUGAAAGGGAAACCGCAUAUUCAUCUCAGAAAGUGGGUGUAUAUAGACCAACUUCGGAUGCCGUUGAUUUAGGGUACCAUACCUUAGACAAUAAUGCAUGUCGUUCUACACCUUCAUCAACUGUUAUAUCUGCCCCAAUUAGACACCAAACUCUGUUGCAACAAAAAUGCAUUUAUGUCACUGAUUUAUGUCAGUUAAACGAUACUUUAUUAUUGAAGAUAUUUAGUUGGCUAGGUACAAGAGAUCUCUGUGCUGUAGCUCAAACUUGUAGACGUCUUUGGGAAAUAGCAUGGCAUCCGACUCUCUGGAAAGAAGUAGAGAUACGUUAUCCUCAAAAUGCGACAGCUGCAUUAAAUGCUUUAACUAGACGAGGAUGUCACACGCAUAUUCGUCGUCUUAUACUCGAAGGUGCUGUAGGAUUAGCUGGGAUUUUUGCCCAGUUACCAUAUUUAAGUUUAACUUCUUUAGUUUUACGACAUUCCCGACGUGUUACAGACACAAAUGUCACUAGUAUUUUAGAUAACUGCAUACAUUUGAAGGAACUGGACUUGACUGGAUGCAUUGGUGUAACAAGGGCACAUAGUCGAAUAACAACACUACAAUUGCAGUCAUUGGAUCUCAGUGAUUGUCAUGGUGUGGAAGAUUCUGGUUUGGUCUUAACACUUUCUCGUAUGCCACACAUUGUCUGUUUAUAUUUACGACGAUGCACACGCAUAACUGAUGCCAGUCUUGUAGCAGUUGCUUCCUAUUGUGGCAAUCUACGCCAGUUAUCUGUUUCUGAUUGUGUGAAAAUCACAGAUUUCGGCGUACGCGAAUUAGCAGCACGUCUUGGCCCAUCAUUGCGUUACUUUUCAGUAGGUAAAUGUGAUCGUGUAUCAGAUGCUGGUCUCCUAGUUGUUGCUAAGCACUGUUACAAAUUGAGAUAUUUAAAUGCUCGUGGCUGUGAAGCACUUAGUGACAGUGCUACUUUAGCUUUGGCACGUGGAUGUCCACGUUUAAGAGCUCUUGAUAUAGGAAAAUGUGACAUUGGUGAUGCAACUCUUGAGGCCCUUUCCACUGGAUGUCCAAAUUUGAAAAAAUUAUCCUUAUGUGGUUGCGAACGUGUAACAGAUGCUGGAUUGGAAGCAUUAGCAUAUUACGUGCGAGGAUUGAGGCAACUCAAUAUUGGUGAAUGUCCUCGAGUUACAUGGGUUGGAUAUAGAGCAGUAAAACGUUAUUGUCGCAGGUGUAUUAUAGAACAUACAAAUCCUGGGUUUUCAAGUUGAAUCUUUUAAAUUAUUUUUUACCUACAUUAUUUACAAUGUAUUUAUUAACAACAUUUGUUUUAGUAAAUAUCUAGAUACUAAUUUGUAAAAAGAUAGCUAUUUAGUAAUUGUGAAACAAAAAUAUAUAUAUUAUAUGUAUGUAGUGAAUUACAUAUUGUACAUGUAUAAGUAUGUAUGGUAACGUGUGUGUAGUGCAUUUAUAUACAAAGUACCCCAAAUUUUUCUCGACAAAAUACAAGAAAACAUUCUGUAGGUAAAAGUAAAAUACUAUUCACUGAUAUUUUGAAAUUAAUUGUUCAGAUAAAGUUACAUAUAUACUGAUAAUCUUAUAAGUUUUCAGUACUUCAUAUAAAAAUGUCAAACGAUUUAAUGUUUUAUGAUUUUCAAAUCUGAAUGGCUAAUCUUUCCCCUAAUUUUAUAUGUAGAAUAAAUUCUUGCACUUUGUUGUCAAAAACUUAGGACACCUUGUAUAUAUUUAUUCAUGUGUGUAAACUAAAAUUUCCAAAAAUUGCUUCCCGCUAUUUAUUGAUUUUAUAAUUUAAUAAUGCAGAAAUAAAUCUUAAUUUCAUGUAAUUUGUAUAAAAUUUAUUUUAUAACGUAAUUAGAUGAAAGCACGUGUUAAAAGUUGAUAGCGUUUAAAAUCGAUGUGGUAGCUCUUGAUUGGUGAAGAUAUUAUUACACCUAUAAAUAUUAUGCUGAAUCUGUCAAACGAAAUAACCUGUUGAGUACAGCAGUUACAUCUCUGACACGAGGCAGAAAUUGUCGCAAAUGUGAAUGGUAAUUAUAAAGUGCAAAAUAAGCAACGUAUAAAAUA